UGAAUCCUCACACCCAUACAGAGCACUCACUCAGCCUUCGCAACAAUGGCCAACCUCUACCCUGGUUGGAUGCCAUACCCAUACCCACCAUACUAUCAGUUCCCUCCUACGCCUGGCAAUGCGCGAAGGGAGUGGCAAGCAGGAGGUCGUAGCCCAGGUCACGCGAACAUCCCUCUGCCACCAUUUGCACCUGGUCAGGACUAUCCCCCAUAUCCAUAUGAACCCUUUCCGCGAGGUCGAAGACGUUCCUUCGACGCCUCGUAUCUUCACCCAAAUCAAUGGCCUCAUUGGAACCCCCAACCACCUCCACCAAACCCCCCGCCGAGUCCCUACCACACAUCCCCCUAUUCGUGGCUGUUUCACCCUCCACCGCUCCCCCAACCCCAGAUUCACACGCUCUUUAACGGAGACUCUCCCAGCCAGUACCUCCUCUUCGAUCUCUCUGCGUACACACUCACCGCUAGGCGACGAAUUAACGCUACGCAGGCGGUCGCCGUGACACCAUAUGACCUCGAUCAGCCAGCGUCGAACCCCGAGAUUACGCGUCUUCUGAUCGUGUGCGACGCGAUCCCACAGUGGAAGCUUGAUCUACACGUCACGAGCGCGGGACUGCUGCCGGCGCGUCGUGAGCGCCCCGCAAUCCCGUUCAUCACGGUCGGCGACGUAUUGCAUGGGCUGCACGUUCAUUUGCACGUACCAGUCACGCACGAAGAGUGGGGCCAGCUCUCGUCGUCUCAGGAGACCGACGUCUCAAGGGCGUAUACCAAGCGCUACAAGGCGUAUCCUCCCUUACAGCAGCAGCAGCAGAGGGAGGGUGUGAAGCGCGUUGACUUCCUGUUGCGGAACCACUACUUUAAGGGGCUGGUAUGGGCGUCUCCGGAGAAUGGCGUGGAAAGAAUGAAGCUCCUCGUUGGGUCUUCAUUUUAAACUUUGGUCCCUCUUCCUUUCUUUUUCAGUGGGUUUACAGGAUAUCAUGGUUCCCCUAGUAAGUCAGUUUUUGAAGUUCUUCUUGUUCGGUAUAAUCAAAUAUUUCCAAGCACCUUUGCUUUCUUUCACGUAUCUUUCUUUCGCUUUCUCUGGGUUUCCGGCCAACUAGAUUAGAAAUAUCUUUAAUGCGUGCACCCCACGCAUAUACCCGACGCCCGUACUAUGCCUACGUUUUCAUUUAUGUGGAGGUGUAUUCUGUGUAAUUUUAUGAAUGUUUAUGACCCAAGUUAUUGGCUCG